CAGAAGCAGACCUAGCUCCUGCCGUCCGCCUUCUCGGGCCUGAGAGUGAGGAGGUACCUGCGUCUUUAGGUCCGUGCGGGGGCAGAGGGUGCGCACCUCGAGUGAGAGCGCUGGUGACGGGGCUCUGCGCGGCCUGGGGACCUCAGGACAGGUGGGCUUGAGUGCGGGGGACUGGUGCAAGAAGCCUCGGGAAUCCCCAGGCUGGCCCUCCCCUCCCCCAACCCCGCGCGGGGCGGCGGGCUGCAGGGCGCAGCUCGGGUUGAGUCCUGCUCGGCGGAAGGUGCUCGGUACUGGCCAGGGUGUGCAGGACUGCCGGCCCGGGAACGGCAUGUGCGUGUAUAACGCGAUGACGAGCAGGACUAGUAACUAGUGCUAUUAUUCUGAGAAUUAAAUAAGUUGUCAUCUGUAAAACAUUUCGUCAAGUGCCUUAAUAAGCAUUGUGUAAGAAGUAAGCUGCUGUCAUUAUUAUGAGACACUCGUUCUCAUUGUUUGGUAUUUUAUUUAACCCUCACAACAACCCUACUUGUUAUAAACAUGCCAUUUUUAAAAAUGAAAGGAAUUUCGUGGGACUGAAUAUCCUAGGGCACAAACUAGCAGGUGAGGCAGGUAGGGUGCAGAUACAGAUAGGCUUGACUUCCUGUCCCUUGCUCUUCCUAAUUUCUUAUCUACCUAAAAGCGAGAGUUGCCAGUACCUGACUAAAACCUUGGGAGCACUUAUGCAGAGUGACCUGUCCUCGGAUAUGAUUGUGAAGUGAAUAUGGACAAAUUUCACCAUGUGGUAAAUAUAUCCUGGGAUUUGUGGAGUCUCCACAGAGCCCCUGGUUCAGAUUGAGCUGAACCUUCCUGUGUUGUUCGGGCUGUCUCUCCUCAAAGGCACAGAUUGAUUGAUAUUCUAGUGCAGUGCUGUCCAAGAGAAAGCUAAUGCAAAACACAGAUAUACUUUAGAAUUAUUCAGUAGCCAAAAUAAAAACAGUAGAAAGAGGCAGACAAAGGUAAUCUUAUAUUUUAUUUAACUGAUUACAUCCAAAAUACUAUUUUGUGGCACUGGCCAAACUUUAGGUGUCCAUCAGCAUGCAGCUAAUGGCUACAGUACUGGAUAGAAUGUUUCUAGUGAAUUCCAAGAGUUGGGUGUAGGGUGUGAGAUGAAGUUUUCAAAGAAAGUAAAUUUGUUUCUCAGGCCCAUGUCCCAGCCCCUCUGGAGCAAAGCAGCUCUUAGGAUAGGAAAGAGGAUUCCCAGGGACUCCUGCCACUUCGAAGAAUAGCCCCUUUGAUAGAGACCUCUUGCAGAGCAGAAUCGAAAGAUUUUAGAAAGGAGCAGGUCCUGAUUGGCUUCCUCAGUGGCAGUUCUUGAUUCCCUGUAUAGUGUGAGCCAGACUUCGUAAUGUUGCCACAUCCGAAAGCCAUUACAGACUCUGUGACCAUGGAUGCUGUGGACUAACUUGCAGAAGGUGGUGACCUGGUGUUGAGAAGAAUGGGUGACUGUUGCACUGGACAGAAAACUUUAAUAGAGGGCCGGUGAGGCGAUCAUGUCCAGGGAAGACAUAAUCAGCUGACAGUCCACACUUUGAGUUGCUCUUAUGCCAUGUUCGUCACCACAUGUGGCAUUUAGAGUUAUGCUGAUGCUCCCUCUUUCCUGAUCAUAGGGAAUAACAAAAUGAUAGUAGAGGAAGAAUUUCUAUAUUUGAAGCCCAAAAAUAUUGGGCCUGAUGAUUUUUGUAGAGUCACCCAGGGCAAAACCAAGAACUAAACACAGUGCUGUUCAACUAAACAGCCGAACCUCCACAGCUCUCUGUACUCUUCCUGGAACAGCAAAGAAUGAACAUGUCUCAGGCAUCAGUGUCAUUCGAGGACGUGACUGUGGAAUUCACCCAGGAGGAGUGGCAGCAGAUGGGCCCUGCGCAGAGGAACUUGUACAGAGAUGUGAUGCUGGAGAACUACAGCCACCUCGUCUCAGUGGGAUAUUGCAUUACCAAACCCAAGGUGAUCUUCAAGUUGGAGCAAGGAGAAGAGCCCUGGUUCCUAGAGGACAAAUUCCUAAGCCAGAAGUACCCAGGAUAUUAUAAAGUUGAUGACCACAUUAAAGGGAUCAAGGAAAAACAAGAGAAGCCUCUGUGGGAAGUAAUAUUCAUUGAUGAUGAAAUAUUGAGUAAAGAAGGACAGAAAUUUUUAGAAAACCCAUUUAAUCUAGGCAUAACUCCAGAGUUUUUAGGAAAAAUACUCUGUAAAUGUGACUCAUGUAGUAUGAAUUUACCAGUUAUUUCUGAAUUAAUUUUAAGUGAAAGCAACUAUUCAAGAAAGAAGCCUGAUUACUUGAACGUAUGUGAAAGAUUGCAGCUUGAUAUUAAUGGUGAGAAAACUCAUGCUGGAGAUAAAUCUUAUGAAUAUAAUAAAAAUGUGAAAGCUCACAGUCAUAAGAAAGAUCACUACCAAGGAUUUCAAACUUCGAAGCAAUCUUUUGAAUGUAAUGAAUUUGGAAGUGUUUUACAUGAUAAGACCACCUGUAUUACAGCUGGGAGUUUUCCAACAGGAGAGAAUUCCUCUAAGGAUGACGAAUUUAGGAAAAACUGUGAUAAAACUAGUUUAUUAAAUCACAUGAGAACUGACACAAAGGAGAAAUGCUCUGAUCUUAAUGACUGUGAGAAAUCCUACCACAAAAACACCAUUGUGGGAUACAAGAAAGAUCACAUGGCUGUGACACACUAUGAACACAAUGAAAGUGGGAUUAAUUUCAGUAGGAUGUUACCCCUUACUCAAUCUCAGAGAACUUUUACAGGACAGAGUGCUUUUGAAAGCGAUAAAUGUGAAGAAAACUUUAGCCAGAGUUCAGCCCAUAUAAUACAUCAGAAAAUACAAACACGAGAUAAAUCAUGUGCAUAUAAUGGAUGUACGGAUGCCUUCUAUCAGAAAUUAGACCUUACAAUACACCAGAAAACUCCCAUAGAAGAGAAAUUCUACCAGUCUGGUGAAUAUAAGAAAUCCUUUUACCAGAAUACACACUUCAUUCAGCAUGAGAGGACCCAUUCUGGGGAGAAACCUUACCAAUCUGAGGAAUGUGGGAAAUCCUUUUGUUCAAAUUCACACCCUGUUCAGCAUACUGGAACUUAUAUGAGGUUCAAACUUUAUAAAUGUAGUGAAUGUGGGAAAACUUUCUGUCAGAAGUCAAACCUCACUAAGCAUCUAAGAAUUCACACAAAGGAGAAACCUUAUGAUAACAGUGGCUGUGGGAAAUCUUAUAAGCCACUCUUCAUAGGGUACCAGAGAACAGACACAGAGAUGAAACUCUAUCAAGGCAGUGAAUAUAAGAAAACAUUCUCCAAGAUGGCCCAUCUCAAAGAACAUCAGAGAAUUCACAUGGGGGAGAAACCCUAUGAAUGUACUGAAUGUGGGAAAACUUUCUCCAAGACAUCACAUCUCCAGGCACAUCAGAGAAUUCACACAGGGGAGAAACCUUAUGAAUGUAAUGAAUGUGGGAGAUCUUUUACCUAUAAUUCAGCCCUAAGAGCACAUCAGAGAAUCCACACAGGUGAGAAACCCUAUGAAUGUAGUGACUGUGAGAAAACUUUUGCCCAUAAUUCAGCCCUCAGAGUACAUCAGAGAAUUCACACAGGGGAGAAGCCAUAUGGAUGUAAUGAAUGUGAGAAAACUUUUGCCCAUACUUCAGCCCUCAGAGCACAUCAGAAAAUUCACACAGGGGAGAAACUCUAUGAAUGUAGUGAAUGUGGGAAAACUUUCUCCCUGAAGACUCACCUCAGUACACAUCAGAGAAUUCACACUGGAGAGAAACCCUAUGAAUGGGAGAAACUCUAUGAAUGUAGUGAAUGUGGGAAAACUUUCUCCCUGAAGACUCACCUCAGUACACAUCAGAGAAUUCACACAGGUAAGAAACCCUAUGAAUGUAGUGACUGUGAGAAAACUUUUGCCCAUAAUUCAGCCCUCAGAGUACAUCAGAGAAUUCACACGGGGGAGAAACCAUAUGGAUGUAAUGAAUGUGAGAAAACUUUUGCCCAUACUUCAGCCCUCAGAGCACAUCAGAAAAUUCACACAGGGGAGAGACUCUAUGAAUGUAGUGAAUGUGGGAAAACUUUCUCCCAGAAGACUCACCUCAGUACACAUCAGAGAAUUCACACAGGGGAGAAACCUUAUGAAUGUAAUCAAUGUGGGAAAACUUUCUCCCAGAAGUCAUACCUCAGUGGACAUGAAAGAAUUCACACAGGGGAAAAACCUUAUAAAUGUAACAUAUGUGGGAAAACUUUUGUCUAUAAGGCAGCCCUCAUAGUGCAUCAAAGAAUUCACACAGGGGAGAAACCUUAUGAGUGUAAUGAAUGUGGAAAAACUUUCUCCCAAAGAACCCACCUCUGUGCACAUCAGAGAAUUCAUACAGGGGAAAAACCCUAUGAAUGUAGUGAAUGUGGGAAAACAUUUGCGGAUAAUUCAGCCCUCAGGGCACAUCACAGAACUCACACAGGCGAGAAACCCUAUGAAUGUAAUGAAUGUGGGAAAACUUUCUCUAAGACAUCACACCUCAGAGCACAUCUGAGAACUCGCACAGGGGAGAAACCCUAUGAAUGUAAUCAGUGUGGGAAGACUUUCUCUGAGAAGUCAUAUGUUAGUGCACAUCAGAGAAUUCACACAGGAGAGAAACCUUAUGAAUGUAAUAUAUGUGGCAAACCAUUCGCUCAUAAUUCAACACUCAGAGUACAUCAGAGAAUUCACACAGGUGUAAAAUCCUAUGAAUGUAAUGAAUGUGGAAAAACUUUCUCCCAGAAGUCACACCUUAGUGCACACCAGAGAAUUCACACAGGGGAGAAACCCUAUGAGUGUAAUGAAUGUGGGAAAGCUUUUGCCCAAAAUUCAACCCUCAGAGUACACCAGAGAAUUCACACAGGGGAGAAACCCUAUGAAUGUGAAGAAUGUGGGAAAAGGUUUGUCCGUAAGGCAGCUCUUAGAGUACAUCACACCAGAAUGCAUACCAGAGAGAAAACCAUAACCUGUAAUGAAUUUGAGAAGCCCUGAAGAAACUGAUACUUUACUAUAUAAUAUGCAGUAGAGAAACUCAUCUCACAUAGACUAGCAAAUUGCUCUCUUAACCAUUUCCGUUUCCACUGGGCUCAUAGCUUGUCAAAAACUCCCAAUCUUUUGUUCAUCCAGAUGUGGCUGACCAUAGAAUGUGAUGUUAAUGAUAUAUAUUACAUUUAAUCCUGGCCCUUGAAAUAAAUUACCUUACAUUCUUCCUGGUCUAUGUUAAGAUGGAGUGGAGAUGAUUUCUACAGCAAACUUGGAUCCUCUGUGUUGAACAUGAUAGAACACAAGGUCAAAGAAGCUAAAGUCUGAAAAAUUGUGUAGAACUGAAUUCUCCACUUACUGAUACUUACCAGUUAGAUUUUUUGUUUUAAGUAAAAAGUUUAUAUUCUGUUGAGCUCUUACAGGUUUGGACUAUUAGAUACACAUAGUUUAGCCAACUCUCUGUUAGAGUGGGAUGAAACCCUAUGAAUAUAAUAAAUUUUAGAAGAAUUCAACUUAUCAUUGGAUAUUAGAGACUUUGCAUGAAGUAGAAGACUGUCAACAUCCUGAAUGAUCUGAAGCCUUCACUACAAAGCAGAAAAAUUCAAAUUUCAGGGAAAAACACAAAGCCUUCAUCACAGAGUGAACUAUAUUAAGAAACAAAUAAUCAGAAUAAAAUUUUAUAUUUUGAAUAACAUUUUUCAACAAAUAUUGAAAGUCUUUUUUCAGAUAAUUUUUUCUGAGGAAAUGCGUCAGUUUCAGAAUUGAAGAUAAAAUCUUUGCCUAGAACUGAUAUACUAAAACUUGUAUGUAAUAUCCAAAAUUUUAUAGUAAAUAUAUGAGAAAAUAUUUAUGUAUAGAAAACCUCACUGUUGAAUGUGAAGUUUUAAAAAUGGAGGAAUGACCUGAAUUCUGUGGCCAAUAAACGUUUGUGAAUAGUCUA